GUAAAAAUGGCUCUUAAUCUCCUCUCCUUCUCCCUCUCCCUCUCCCCACCUUUCUCCCCCACACGCUUGCCACUUAGAAGUGGGCCACAGAGUGCCCAGACCAAUGUCCACGUGGCCAGGUACAUCAGAUGUGCAGCGACAACUGACAUGGUGCAACCAACAAUCAUACGCCGGAACGCGAAUUACCAGCCACCCGUUUUGGAUUACGAUUUUGUGCAAUCACUGAAGACUGAUUACACGGACGACGCAUAUGUUAGAGGCAUCGAGCGACUUGCAGAAGAAUCAAAGUGUUUGCUCAGAGCAACAACUGAGCCCUUCACUCUACUCGAGUUGAUCGGUGUCAUCCAACGUUUAGGGUUGGCUUAUCUCUUUGAGUUAGAGAUUAAGGAAGCCCUAGAUGCAAUAUCCAACUGCGAAAAUGACAAAGAGAUGAAGAAAGAUUUAAAUGUUACGGCCCUUCGCUUUAGACUACUUAGACAACAUGGGUACAAGGUCUCACAAGAUGUGUUCAACAGCUUCAUGGAUGAGACAGGUAGUUUCAAAGCAUACCUUAGCCAGGACAUAAAAGGGAUGUUGAGUUUGUAUGAAGCUUCACACCUUGGAUUUAUAGGAGAAACUGUCUUGGAUGUGGCCAAAGCCUUCACAACCAAACAUCUCAAGGGUAUCAAAGGGAACAUAGACCCAAGUCUUGCCAAACAAGUGACACAUGCAUUGGAACUUCCAAUGCAUUACAUGGAACCAAGGUUAGAAGCUAGGUGGUACAUAGAGGAGGUGUAUGAGAAAGAAAAGCACAUGAAGCCUUUCCUACUUGAACUGGCUAAAUUGGAUUACAACAGGGUGCAAGCCUUUCAUAAGAACAAUGUUAGAGACAUGGCCAGGUGGUGGAAAGAUCUGGGUACCAUGGAAAUCUUACCUUUUAUUAGAGAUCGUGUGGUGGAGUGUUUUUUGUUCGGUCUUGGUGUGGCCUUUGAGCCACAAUAUCAAUAUUCCAGGGACGUGGUUACUCAAGCUAGUCAAAUUAUAACAAUGAUUGAUGAUGUCUACGACGUCUAUGGUUCGUUGGAUGAAUUAGAGCUCUUCACAGAUGCCGUCCAAAGGUGGACCACCGAUGCAAUUGAAAAGCUUCCAGAAUACAUGAAGAUAUGUUACAUGGUCCUCUUCAACAAUGUUAAUGCACUGGCUUAUGACACUCUAAAAGAACAGGGUGUGGAUGUCUUGCCAUGCCUAAAGAAAAUGUGGGGAGAUUUGUGUAAGACAUACAUGACCGAGGCGAGGUGGUACUACAGCGGCCAUACGCCACCAUUUAAGGAGUACCUGGACAAUGGAUGGAUCUCCAUAGGAGCACCCAUCAUACUCGUUCAUGGCUAUUUUUCAAUGAGAUUGAAGAUCACAAAGGAGGUAUUAGAAGGUCUGGAGAAUUAUCACAAUCUCGUGAUUUUUCCAUCCAUCAUUCUCCGACUCUGCGACGAUGUGGGAACUUCGACGUAUGAGCUAGCAAGAGGUGAUGUACGGAAAGCCGUGGAAUGUCACAUGCAUGAAACCGGUGCCUCAGAAGUAGCUGCUCGUGAACAUGUUAGAGGUGUGAUCGAUGAAACAUGGAAGAAGUUAAGUGAGGAGUGCCUCAGUUGUUCUCCAUUCCCUCCAGCUUUCAUCAAUGGCUGUGUAGGGCUUGGGCGGAUUUCUGAAUGUGUGUACCAGUUCGGAGAUGGGUUCGGUCGUCCACAUGAAGAGACCAAGGCUCGGGUCACAGCACUACUGGUUGAGCCCAUACCACUUAAGAAGAUAUAAGCUUGGUUCGAUUCAUGUAAUCCAUGGGCUAGUAUUUUUGUGGUCGCGUGUGCAUGUAGCCUAUUGUUGUGAACCUUGGUAUGUGAAAAUAUAUUUAUGUGUUUGCAUUA